CCUGCGCAUGCCCCUUGCAGGUUGCUUAGACUGAAAUGAAUGAGGUUAACUCAACCAGCGGCAGACAGAUUUCUCGGCGCAGCCAGCUGAGGCAAACAGGUGGAAGCCGAGUCAAUAACUGCCCGGAGACCUGUUAAUAGGAUCCAGUCUCUUUCACCCUGAUUCUGUACCAUUUGUAAGCCCAACAUCGAAUGCUUUCGAUCAGCAGCAGAGAGGAAAGCAAACUGCAAUUGCUUUUCAACUUCGGCAGCAUGAACUUGUUGGAGUUUCAAGUCUACUUUUUCUUGGUUUUGCCAUCUCUGAUUCUUGGACAAUCUCACUCAGAAUGUGAUUCCAUAAUGGAGUGGAAGAAAAAUGAGACUGAUUGCCUACGGGAGAUCCAGCAGGAGAAGAAUGACACAGCAGGUUGUAAAACAAUGUGGGACCACCUUCUGUGCUGGCCAGAUGCAAGUCCUGGACAAACGCUCACCUUUACCUGUCCAGGUAUCCUCCUCCACUUUACCAAGCAGCCAGGCUCCGUCAAAAGAAGCUGCACAGCACAAGGUUGGUCUGAAAUUUCCCCGCCAUAUUCUGUUGCGUGUCCAGUGGAAGAUGAAGUUAUUCUUGAUGAAAUGUCCUACUUUUCAGCAGUCAAAACCAUCUACACCGUGGGUUACAGCAUCUCUAUCAUCUCUCUUGCAUUGGCUGUUACCGUCCUCAUUGCAUUCAGGAGACUCCGUUGCCCUAGAAAUUAUAUCCACAUCCACCUCUUUCUCACCUUCAUCCUGAAAGCUGUUGCUAUCUUCAUCAAGGAUGCUGUUCUUUUCCAAACAGAAAACAUUGACUACUGUAGCUUUUCCACGACUGAAUGCAAGAUCUCUGUGGUUUUCAGCAAUUAUUUCACAAUGGCCAAUUUCAUGUGGCUACUGGUCGAAGCUCUUCACCUCAAUUGCCUGCUUCUCACAUAUAUUCCUUAUGGAAGAAAAUAUUUCUGGUGGCUUGUUCUCUUUGGUUGGGGUGUGCCAACAUUUUUUACCAUACUGUGGGUAUUGGUUAAGGUGCACUUUGAAGACACUCUAUGCUGGGAUGUCUACCAAGGUUCUCCUUACUGGUGGCUUAUCAAAGGACCCAUUAUUGUUUCAGUUGGGGUGAACUUUAUUCUUUUCAUCAACAUCAUCCGAAUCCUGCUGAAAAAAUUGGACCCAAGACAAAUCAAUUUCAACAACUCAUCUCAAUACAGGCGUCUUUCCAAGUCAACUCUGCUCCUCAUCCCAUUGUUUGGGACUCACUACAUCAUCUUCAACUUUCUACCUGAAUACACCAAUGUGGAGUUCCGUCUUUACUUAGAGCUCUGUAUUGGAUCGUUCCAGGGCUUGAUUGUCGCUAUCCUAUACUGUUUCCUAAAUCAAGAGGUUCAAGCUGAAAUUUGCCGGAAAUGGCAUGGCAACCGGCGUGGGCUGAAGACUGUUUGGAGGAAGAAGACAAGAUGGACAAUCCCAUCAAGUUCUGGGAUCAAAAUGACGGCCUCUGUGUGCUAACCCAUAAGGAUGAAGAAAGGGUGAACUGGCAAGCAUAGAGUGCCAGAAAAAAGCAUAUAUUUUGCUCAUUUUUAUCAUUGAAUUUAGGACUGUUUGAAGCAACCAUCUUCAACUUUUAAAGGUGCAACACUCAUAGGACACAUGUUUCUCAAAUAUCCUUCAUGUAAUUUCAGCCAUUGUUUUCCCCACUUAGAAUUAGCUAAUUUUCUUGCUAGUACUGUUCCUUAAGAAUGUUUUUCAUUUGUCUUCUUAAAAAAAACACACACACACAAAAAGGAAUACAGGUUGAGCAUCUCUCAUCCGGAAUCCCAAAAUCCAAGGCUCUGAAAUGGUCCACAUGGACAUUGAUUCCUUUCUUUUGGAGGGUUCAAUCUAUACAAAUUUCGUUUCACGCACAAAGUUAUUAAAAAUAUUGUAUGAAAUUUGAUCUGUUAACUCCUGUAUGUUAUCUAUUUAACAGAUGCAGGUCCAUGGACCAUAAUAAAGGUUGUCGUUGUCGUUGUUAUUGUAUGAAAUUA